UAGUAAUCAACUCUCAGUUACAGGUAUACAUUUAUGGCGUUACUUUUUAUUAUUAAAGUAUCAGUAUCUGUUUGCGAAAGAACACAACGUAAUCUUAAUCAUGUGAUAGAGUAGAUAAUUUUCUCAAGUUGCAGCCGGGAAUACUUUCCCCUUAUUGCCCUAAGCAUGACGUAACCCCUGGUUCGGGAAACCAAAUUGGAGGCGUAAAAAAGUCAUAUGACCUCCCAGACCAAUUCUGAUUGGCUGUCUAACUGAUCCCCACCAAUGGAAAACUUCGAAGAGAUCGCGCGUGGUCCGCACAAGAGCGGUGCUUAGUUUUGUUAUGAUAGUAUUUGUUAUAUAGGGUGCCGCCAAGCGAUUUUAUUCCCCUGAGAUUAUUGGAUGGCUCACAGUGCAGGUUGUUGACUCGUUUCAAAAUGAUAGUCGCAUUUUAUCGCUUGUUUCGUGAUAUCCGUAUAUCCGUCGGCGAAGUGUUUGGCUUACCAUCCAAGCAUCCACUCAUGACAGUCUUUCUCACACAUAGCAGUUGUUGAACCUCUGAAGAUUUAGUCAUAUUCUGAUUGCAUUUAAACCCGAUUUACAUUUUGGGGUGAGAGGUGGCUUUAUGACAAAUAGUGUACAAUACAUACCCACACUAAACAAAUUUAGGUAUUACUUAACACUUAACAUACACUUAAAGUUCCACUACUAUUAUACUUUAAAUGCCUUUUUUAAUGACUGUAUUUUGUGUGGUGACAUUCAUGUAUGCAAUAGUAAAUAAUGAAUGCAUUUUUCAUAUAUAGCUUAUUGUGAUCAAUUGUAAAGGUUUGCCUUCAUAAAUGAGAAGAGCGCUUGUACUUUAAAGUUCAACGUAAAUAUUUUGUAGGCCAAUGAUUAAUAAAUAUUCAUAGUACAUAGAGUGGGGCUGUAAAUCAACUUAAGUAAACAUUUUUCAACAAAAUAUAUGCUCACUACAUUGUCGUAGUUAAAACUUUUAUUUGGUUCUUAUAGCAUUUUGUGGUGUGCCAGCGGUGCACAGAACUGGCCUUGAUAUGACCAGCAAUCGAUACAACCUCGUUUAUAGUUAAAACGUCUAAGGCAGGGGAAGAAGGCGAGGCGUGGCGUCAUUUAACUUUAAUCAUUUUGUUACAGAAAGUAACAUCACCUUGUGUGUCGUAGAAAAACUAUUUAUUCAGACCUACAAAAAAAACUGAAGUGCUAUAAGUCCUUAAAAACAAAUACAGAAAUAGUAUUUUUUAAUGGAGUUUUAAAAAAUCAUAAAAUUAUGUCUUAAUUGUAAUCUAGCUAUUUAAUAAAUUAUAUUCACUCAAACGUUAUCCUUAAUUAUGAGACAAAAAGACUCCGAACAACCUAAAUAGCAAAUGCACGUGGUCACUAAUAACUAGGUUAAACGUAAAGGCAAAAUAACGUGAAGUAACAGCGGUCAUCCUGUUCCUUCCGCAAGACAGGACGAACUACAUACAUGAUAAAAAAAAAAACGGUAGGGAAAAUUGGGUUUUUUGCGGUCUUGACGAAUUGCACGGCGACGUUGACGCUAUCCUUUUUGCACCGAUCCGGCGCCCCUUUUACGCUGAAGGGGGUGUGUUCAAGGCGCUUCGAUCGAGCCCUCAUCUAGAAAAUCCCUUCAUCCCGCCUUUAAAAAUUAUCCGUCCACAGUCCUGGACCGCGGGUUCGGCUGCAAGGCCACGGCAGCUGGGGGGGGGUGACCAUGGACUGUCCGGGAGUUUUAAAUAUGUAGGCAGGACGCACCAGGCAGUGAAUGAGCGGUCGCUGAAAUCGGUGCGGGCUUAAAUGGGAAAUCUGUUGGCCAGCUGGAGGUAUAAGGAGCCGAGCACAGUGGAGGAAUGCGACUCGACCUGGGAUACGGACUCCGAUGGCGAGGAUCAGCAGGGAGAGGAGCCCGGCGACAGCCCGAUCUCUCCCCGGCAAUGUGAGCAGGCGGACGCGCCACAGCAGCACUCUGACCCGCACGAGCCCGCCGCUAAGGUGAAGAGGAGCUUCUAUGCAGCCAAGGACCUGUACAAGUACCGCCACAGCUACCCGAGCUACAAGGAGCCGCGGCAGCCGAACGACUUCCGCAACCUGAGGUUCUAUCUGAACAAGGUCCCCUUGGUUCCCGAUGGUAUUUACGUUGAAGAAAUCCUCACGCAGUGGAGAGGAGACUACGACAAGCUGGAGCACAACCACACGUACAUACAGUGGCUGUUCCCGUUGCGAGAGCAAGGCCUGAAUUUCUACGCUCAAGAGCUGACUCAGGAUGAGAUUAAGGAAUUCCAAAACUCCCGCGAGGCCCGGCGCCGCUUCCUGCAGGCCUACGCCCUCAUGUUGGACUUCUUUGGUGUCAAGCUGCUGGACAAGAGUGGCAGCGUGACCCGUGCCCCCAACUGGCAGGAGCGAUUCCAGCACCUCAAUGAGUCCCAGCACAACUAUCUUCGUAUAACUCGCAUCUUGAAGAGCCUGGGUGAACUCGGGUUCGAGGCCUUCAAAGCACCUCUCGUGCGCCUCCUGCUGGAGGAGGCGCUGGUGGGCGGCACGUUGCCGAACAUGCGCCACAGUGCGCUGGAGUACUUCGUCUACACGCUGCGCGACCGCUCCCAGCGCCGCGGCCUCCUGCGCUUCGCCCAGCGACACUACCUGCCCCCGGAGGAUUUCGUCUGGGGCCCCCGCCGGAGGAGCAGGAGGGUGGGUGGGGCCAGGGUGAGGUCGGUCAGGGAGGCACACCCGAAGAGCCCCUCCAUCUCUCCGCCCUCUGAGAGGGGCGGAGUCAUGGGAGGUGUAGCCGAGGAGGAGGUGGGCUGGGCUGCGGCAGACAAGCGCAGAGGAGAGGAGCAUCCAGGAAGGGCAAUGAAAUGUCAGCCGCGCGGCGCCAACAGACCACCGAAAGACGUGUGGGCGGAGCCUGGGUGUGCAGGGGACAGGCUUGAGUAUGGGAACUUCCUCCCUGUGUAGGAACCAGGUGUGAGGGAGCUCUGGUUGCUGGAGCUAUGGUGGAACAUUCCGUAAUGCCUACUGAUCCAUGCCUCCCCCAGAUGUGGAACGUAGCCUUCCAAUGCUAAACAUGUACAUUGGGGAAUAGCUGUACUCGUUACUCUGUGGUAGCUAUUUUACGUAGUUAAUCUCUUGCCAUUGUUCUUCCCUAAGCACACAUGUAGGUAUAUAGAAAUUAUAUGGGCUACCUGAUUUCCCCUGAAUUUCAUCACCCACCCACCCCCCACCCCCGUGAAAUAUUACAUCUAUCUUGUCUUCCUUCGCGAGGAUUUCUUUGCCAGAAGUCUGAGUUAACGAUGCUGCAAGCUGCUUAUUGACGCCGUGACCUUUGCGCUGAAUGCCCGUUCCAUACGCCAUUAGACGAUAACGGCCUUCCGUUUAGUUUCGUAGCUCCUGAAUGAUGGAUUCUGACAUGAUCCAUUGUCCGAUUGACAUCUUCCGCAUCCAUGAUCGUGAUCCCCUCUGUGCAAACGUGCGCCGUGUUGGGGGAGUGUGCAUACGCUUCCCGGAGCCCGGUGUGCCUUACAAAGUGCCUCCUCUGAACCCCACGUAGCGGAGCAAGCGGGGACCCAUGGCCCUGAGAAGGCCAGCCGCAUUUCUCGGGACCCCCGUCUUCCCAGGGAGGCUCCACACGUGGGUCCUAUCCUUCACAUUGUAAAUCGCCGCGUACUACUUCCAGAAAAGUCCAAGUGGGGUACCAGGAUGGUGCGCGGCACCCGGCAGACUGUUAUUUACCCCGUCACAGGGCUAAUACCCCUCCAGUUCAACCCCCCCCGACCCGUAAUUGGAAGCAAGAGAGAGGAGAGGUGUUCUGUUUGGGCCUAGAAACCAUUACGCUCAGGGUGUACGAUGCUGACCAGCCAUGUUUAGCUAAUUUAGGGGUUUUGGGGGGGGGGGCAGCAGUGGAGAGUGGAUGGAGGUAUUCUUAGGGGUUCCAGGGAGCCUGUGCGCUCAAAUGCAGGGCUGGGUGUCACGGUGCUCGUUGCUGGAUGUGGGGGGGGUGGGGGAGCUUGUGAAACACAGGCGAACAAAAUAAAAUGACAGCAUCCCGUUUUCCGGCAACACUGUCCGCGACAUUCCCACACCUCCAAGAUCUCCCUGUAUGUGCCUCUUACGUUUAUUCCAGUUUUUUGAACAGUGCAGUGUUGUAGACCUCUGCGUUUCGGUUCCCGGUCAUUGUAGCCAUCAUCUGGACGCGUCAGGUAUAACUUGUAUUUUAUAAUUCUGUACUCGUAUUCCAGUGUGAAAUGUGGCAGUAGUUUCUCUUAUUGCAUACUGCUGGAUUAAAGUAUUAUAUAUGGAAA